AUGAAGUUCCUUCUAUUGAUACGUUUGCAGGUCAGUGUUUCUGGAGCUGUUCCUCUGACCACCUCUUCAAGCCUGAAAGAACAUGAUGUGGUAUUUGCACAAAGGUACUUGGGAACCUUUUACAGCUCUGAGGUAGAAAGAAUGCCAAUGACAAAAAUGGAAGUGUAUAGGAACUUUAAGGAAAGAAUCCAGAAAUUGCAGCAGUUCUUGGGGUUAAAAGUGACUGGGCAACUGGACACAUCUACUCUGGAGAUGAUGCGCACACCUCGGUGUGGUGUGUCUGACGUGCAUCCUUUCAAGAUAUUGCCAGGGGGGCCAGUAUGGCAAAAACGUUCUCUCACCUACAGAAUCACCAAUUACAAUCCUGACUUGAAGCGUGAGGAUGUUGAUGAUGCCACCCAGAAAGUUUUCCAAGUAUGGAGUGAUGUGACCCCCAUGAAAUUCAUAAAGAUAAAUGAAGGCGAGGCUGACAUUAUGAUGCUUUUUGCAUCCAGAGACUUUCGACCUUUUGAUGGUAAAGGUAAAGUCAUAGCCCACACUUUUGCAUCUGGACCUGGUAUUGGAGGAGACUUACAUUUUGAUGAGAAUGAAGACUGGACUAAACAUUCUGAUGGCAUAAGCUUGUUCCUUGUGGCUGUUCAUGGGAUUGGCCAUUGCUUGGGUCUUGACCAUUCCGAUGAUUCAAGUGCCAUAAUGUUCCCCCUCUACAGUUAUGUUGACCCCAGCACAUUUCACCUUUCUGCUGAUGACAUAAGUGGCAUUCAGUCCCUCUACGGAGGACCAGAGGAGCACCUCGAAA